AUGUCCCAGACAUUGGGCACCAUUGGGUAUAUGGCUCCAGAGUAUGGAUUGACAGGAUUAAUAUCGCCCAUGGCGGAUGUUUAUAGCUAUGGGAUUAUGAUGAUGGAAACAUUUACCAAGAAGAAGCCAACAGAUGAUAUGUUUGUUGGAGAGUUCACCAUGAGAAGAUGGGUGUUCGAAUCAUUCCCAGAUGCAAUAAUGCACAUAGUGGAUGUGGAUUUAGUACAUGCAGUUGAAGACAAUAUUCGAGCUAAAGAGCAUUGUUUUGGAUCAAUCAUGGAACUAGCAUUAGAAUGCACAACUAAUUUGUCAGAGGAGAGGCUCAAUAUGAAAGAUGUUCUAACAAGGCUCAAGAAGAUCAAAACUGAAUCUUAUUAA